UAACAGAAAAACCAUUACUUCGUUAGCGCAUUGAUUACAGUAGAAUUUUCUCAACUUUUACAAACAAGACAAAUAUGACCCAUUGUAAAAGAAACACUUUCACGGAUAAAUAGAUUACAGAAGGUAAGAACGAUGAUCGGAAAUGAUAUUUACAUAUUGAUUAGAUGCUCGUAUACAUCGGCGGUAAUAUACAGACCCAGUUUAUGCAAAACUAACAAAAACUAACUAAUAUCCGCUCCAACCCAUUGAAAACACGUCAUUAAAUAAGUACAUGACUUUUCUUGUUUCACUUUUUCAAUUAGUAGAUUUUCAUCUUUUGGCCAGUUGAAGACUUGUAAUCGUUUUAAGAUGAUAACCGUAUUGGGUCUGAUAUUACUGUUAAGCGGCGUUUUUGGCUUUUAUAAUGAUAAUACUGGAACAGAUUGGGAACUUAUUGAAACCAACGGGAUUAGCAAAAGUAAAAUGACCAAAUCUGUAAUAAGUAACGAGAUUGUGCAACAACAAUCCUUAGACAUACCGCUAAAAUCAGAAAUUGUAGAGGAUUUGGAAGAAUUGUAUCUUAAUUCUCUUCUAACACAAGUAAGUAAAUCAUUCAUAUACUUACGAAUCUAUGUGUAUGCUAUUUUUGAAUUAAAAUUAUCUCAAUAUGGCUGAAUUUAUUAAACGAAAUAGAUGGUUAUUUUUGAAAACAAUUAGCUACAGUAGUAGUUUUUGGGCAAAUCCCAAGUAGAUCAUCCAAUUAAAGACUCUCAGAUAUUUGCCAUUGAUUUUUGCCGAUCUGGUUUCAAUAAAUUCUUUUUGGCAGCAGGAUGACUAUCUACUAAAAUAAACAUCAUUUUAAAAGCAGGACAAGGUUUCGAUUUUAAUGUUAGUGGGUUGUUGUAUUCCUUUGCAUCAUUGAGCCUUUUUCAGAUUUCAGGAUGCUCUCCUUGAUUUUCAGGUUGCAUCCGGAAAUACGUCUCUCAUUAAUUCGGGCUUGCCUUUGAUGAAUGGUAUAAAAAAUGCCAACCUCAUUUUUCCCACCGAGAGUGGAUACUAUAAUGUUAACUCAGGAGGAGCGUAUGAAUCAGUAUCGAUCGAAGUAGGUCUUGCUUCCGAGCUUCAGACAUUCCCCAAUCAGCGUCCAAAAAUCUAUUUCGAAGUGACCAAUAAUCGAACACAGUCGAUAUUACUUUUGUUCAAAUGCGAGGACACAAAGGGCAUUCUAUUCACCACAUGGCCGCUCAAAGCUUGGUUAGGAGCAGGAGAAAAAACUGUUGUGACAGUUACUUUAUGGGCCAGAGGAAGUGUAGACAUGGAUUACCAAGACCAGGUUACUUUACAUGCGAUUUCAGUGAGUUCGAAAUGGGAAAAAUCGGUUAUAGUUUACGUUAACAGUCAAAAGCUUUCGGAAUAUACACAGCCAUCUAUCACGUACGAUUUGGUUAAUGAUUGCUAUAAAGUCCUUGUAGGUUCUUGCCAAGAUGCCACGUGGUCAGCGGAAAUCGUAGUGCAGGACCCUGAUUCUGGUUUACUUCGUGUUACUUCUGAUCCCCAAGGAGUUUAUUUUCCAUUCAAAUACGCAACGGGCACACAGAAUUUAGUAAAAGGAUAUUAUUCAGCAUCAUGUUGUCAAAGCAGGGUAAAAAUAAUGGCAACAGAUUUAAAAAUGAAUAUAUCAACCAGAGAAAUCAGCGCUUACGAAUUGAAGAUCUGGGUGAUAGCAGUUAUAGUAAUAUCAUCAAUUGUUUUUCUUGCAUUAAUAAUUGGUUUAGUAGUAUGGAUAGUAAUUAAAAAACAAAAGGUGUCCGUGGAUUUACCAGUGUACCGAGGGUCUCGUACAAAUACUUCUCCAUAAGUGUAUUGAUUAAGUAGAUAUAAGAAAAACCACUGCAUAAUUAUUACAGAUUUUCAUAUUUAUUUAUCUUACUGUAAGGCAGGGACGUAAUUACAGGUGUCGGCCGAAGUUACAGACCGUUUUAGUGGCAUCGGAUCCACCAAGUACCUCCACUGUACCUCUCUACCACAAGAGAAUAGUUGAGGUACUGUAUCGAACUCUCUCGACCAUAUUUUUGGAGUACAGAGGUACAGUAGAGAGGCUCUAUGGAGCCGAUCUCACUAAAAUCUGCAGCGAAAGCACACAGUGUAAACCAGCAAUUACUAUCCCUGUCCAAAUAGGUGCGUAAUUGUGCAUUUGUACCAUAGCGUUAUAGUGAGAUCGGUUCCACCAAAAGCCUCAACUGUACCUCUCUGCCGCAAGAGGCUACUUGAGAUUCUGUAUCGACCUCUUUUUCUUAACUAUACUUUUGCGGGCAUAGGUACAAUGAAGACGCCUGCCAGAAUAUAUCUAACUAAAAC